UUUUACAUUUAGACCUUUGAUACUGGCUUUUAUUUAAGACAAUGGUGGAUUGAUCCGCGACUUAAACGGAAUGAUUUUGUGAUGUUGCAUGCCACUACCCUUGACCAUCUAUUAUGGGUACCUGAUACGUCGGUACAUGAUGCUCGAUCGUUAACAAGAUUCGAUGAUGCUGUCAGAACAGUUAUAAAACCGAGUGGCGGGGUGUAUGUCAGUCGAAGGUUAUCAACAAAAACACAUUGUAACAUGGAUCUAAGUUUCUACCCUAUGGAUACCCAAACGUGUGAGCUCAUCUUUGAGAGUUAUGCAUUUACAACAAACGAAAUGGAUAUCUCUUGGCACCACGUACCAGUGGUAAAAGGUGACCUCUUAUCUCUGGAUGGCUAUGAGUUGGUUAAGAUAACAACACUCACCAGAAUGAAGCCAUCACUAAUUGGAAGUAAUGUGUUUCUCCUAUUUAUAUAAAUUUAA